CUCGACCUCCUCCCCCUCGGCGACUGCGAUCUCUUGCCCUUCUCUCUCCUCCGAUAGUCUCGAACUUGCAUUUGAGCGAACCCUAAUAAUCGUAGCGAUCUCGAUUUCUCGUGGAAACCCCAGCGAUCUCUCAGCCUUGGGAUCUCAUCAAAUAUCGCGUAGCAAAAAUAAAUCCCUUUGUUUCUAGAUGCCAGCACCUAAAAUAAGAGCUUACAACACAAUUGAUGCAAUGAAGUCUGAGGGAAAACUUGUGAAGCCAGAGAAGGAAGGUCAAGGUACUCUUGACAGUAUCAUUUGCCAAGCAAUUGGGAAAGAUCCAUUUCUUUCAAUCUCAAGAGGUGGUGAUAAUCCUGUCCAAUGGAUUCAACUUCUUAACGCUUUAGACCAGCAGGGAAGCAACAAGGUUACCAGAAGUUCAAAGGUGGAGAACUGCAUUGAAGGAAUGGAGCAAUCUCUUGAACAUUGCCACAGCACAAGGUCAUAUUUACCUGAGAUGAAUGGGGUUAAGGAGUUGGACAAUUCUUUCAAGGCUAAUGGCAAUCCUCUAAAAGGGUCAAAGAGCACCUCUGAUCAAAUGCAAUCCCUUAAUAUUCCUGAAGCUGUCGCUGCCUUUGCGCAGGCUGCUGCAAAGGCCAAUGGUGAGACUGAAAAAUAUCUCCCAGGAUGGCCCUUGUCACCACCUAAGGUGCAGUUACAGAAGUGUGACAAGUGUUCUUUAGAGUUUUGUUCUUCCAUUAAUUAUCGCCGGCAUACACGCGUGCACCGCCGUUCUUUGAACAUUGUUAAGGACUCCCCGAAGACAAGGGAACUCUUGGGGGCAUUCUGGGACAACUUACCAAUGGACAUGGCUAAAGAACUUGUGUCAUUCCAGAAUGUGGCUGUGGAGGAAGUGUCCGGUUCUUCAAUUGUAAGGGCGUUGUCUUCAUGGGUGCGAAAGCCAGGAUUUUCUUCCUUACCACAAACGUAUGUGAAAGCUGGUGUGACCCUUUUGGAUGUUGUUCAAGCAAGGCCUUCCAGGUUUCCUAUAACAUCACAGGGAUUGUUCAGUGCGCUCGAUGAUGCAAGUGAGAAGACUUUUUUGCGUUCUGGAACAGCUUUGUCUGUACAAAAGUAUGUUUUUGACGGGGAAGCUGGGAAGAAUGCUCUGGAGAUGAAAAAUCUAGUUGCAUGUGCUAGUUUCUUUCUAGAGCAUAUACUGGUGAAAGCGUGGCUGGCUGAUAAGGAUGCAGAAGCCUUGAGAUGCCAGAAGUUACUCAUGGAAGAAGAGGAAGCAGCUCAAAAAAGGCAAGCUGAACUUUUGGAAAGAAAAAGGUUGAAAAAGUUGAGGCAGAAAGGACAAAAAGCAAAGGAGCUGUCAAAUGGUGAGAAGGUUGAUUCUGAAAAUGGUAUUCUAGAUACUGCUGAAGGGUCUUCUGGUUCCCCAAGCACGCCAAGUCCGAGGGUUCAAUCUGAAUCCGAGUUGAGCACUUCAGAGGCAUCACUCAAUCAAGAUCCACUGUCUUUGGAGCAGAUCGGAUCAGUGGAUACUGGUUCUAAUGCAGACUUGAGACAACCUUUGCAUGCUGAGGUUGCUGAUCAAAGUUCAGCACAUCAGUUGCAAACAAUCAGUGAACAUCGGACGCCUACUGCUUCACACCAUCCCCAUCCAAAACAGAAUAAAAAAUCUCUAAAUGGCUUCCAUAAUGGUCAGGUUCAAGCAACUAAGUCUUCUGGCUUUAUGAGGCAUGGUAACUACAGGGAUUUAAAGUCUGCUAAUGGCUACAAAAUUUGGACACCAAAAUGCAAGCCGGAGGCCGAGGGCGCAAAUGAAAGAGAAACAGUUGUUAGAGAACAAUCUGAGGAGGUGGUUCUAUGUGAUAAAGAAAAGGUUAUGGUAGGUUCAAUCAGCAUUGCACUUGAUGGUGACAAUAAUCCCCAGCAUGCGACUUUGAGAUUGGAUAGUUUUGAAGAGAAGUUGGUUAAACCAGAUUCUAGUCGAACAAUAGUAAAACUCUGGAGGCCUGUGAGUUGCCAUGGAAGUGGAAAUACUGCAACAGCUGAAAGCAAAGAGGAAGAUACUAAAAUGGAUUGUGACCCUGCUGUUGAUCAGACUUCAUCUAUGGCUUCUGCUGAAAUGGGAGAUGGAGCUGCAGACAGUUGCAAGGAUUCCAAUGCAGUCAACACCAGUAGAUAUUUCUCAGAGCCCAUGUUGUUCUCAAGAGAAGUUGCAGAGACAGGGUGGAAGGAGGCAAUGGCAUCUGAUCAUGUGAAGCUAGUUCUAUCCCCUGAAACCAAUCCAUCACCCAACCUUGAGACCUUGGAAGGCAAUAUACCAGCACCUCACUCAAUGAGGAGCAUUCUUGGCAGUGCAGAGAACAGGUUGACAGGACUAGGUUUGGUCGAACCAGCCAUGGCCGGAGCUUCGAAACCUAAAUUCAAACCAAAGACUGAGAAAAGCUACAGGUUGAAGUACGUACCCAAAAGGAGAAACAAUACUGAAUGAUGUCUAGUUGUUGAUAGCAGUUGUGCAGUUUUACCCUCAUUUUUUGCAGAGGUUCCAGGUUUUAGCAAAGGUCUUCUGUGUUCUUACAGGGCUUAAUUCCUUUUCUUUAUGUAGUGGUAUGGUCCAGAUUGUUUCUCUUCAUUUUUAAGGUUGUAGCCUGGGUCGCUGGACCUUGUUUUUGCCUAAAUCUGUGGUGUAAUACUACUUUCCUAUAUUUUCAUUGAUUUUUCUGUUUAGUCUGCCUAA